GCCCGAUGGGACCGAACCCACAACCCAGGUAUGUGCCCUGACCCGGGAACUGAACGGGCAAUCUUCCGGCGCACAGGAUGAAGCUCAGCCAACUGACCCACCCUGGCUGGGCUCGGCACAGCUGUUUUCAUUCAUGAGCCUAGGAAGUGCAAGGAGGGAAAACCUAUCUGGCCUUCUCCACAUCACUCUCAUCUCCCUGUGGGGAGUGGGGAGUGCAGGGCGGGUCUGGAGAGCUGGCCUACAUCAUCCAGGCCUCUGCACCCCUCCCUUUCUGUCCAUUGGGAGGCAGAAGACAGGAAAUGACAGCCAUGGAUGUGGUAUGAUUUUUACUGAAACAGCAUUUGGUAGCCUAGGCCACAUGCUGUCCACAUCUGUUUUCCUCUCUGAUACCAGCCAGGUGGCCCCCUCCCGUGUCCCUCAUCCCUGGCAUGACUUCAGCCUUUGGCUUCUCAGCUGCUGGCUGCUUUCCACAUUCCAGUCCCUUUCAGAACCCAGGCAGCCUAGCCUCCAGCUGAAAGCACGGCCUGUGGCUCCCCCCACCCCGGCCCCAUGACUCAGGCCCUCUGCGGGCACCAGCCCUCUUAGCACUUACCAGGAAAGGAGGGCAGGGGAAGGGGGGCUCCGUGGUAACCUCAGAGUCAAAGGGUAUAAAAACAGCAUUGAAACUGAAGACACGAAACCUGACUGCGCAGCCUGUGUUCCCGGAGACCCCCGGCCUGACGUUCGUUCGCUAAGAUCUGGUCACAGAAUCCCGCUGCAUCAAGGCCUGCGCAUGGGCUCCAUGCCGGGCCCUCCCUGCCUCCUGUGGCUGCUCCUGGCUGUCGCCUUCUCCGGGGUUCCCAGGGCGCAGCCCUUGGCCCCCCAAGACUUUGGAGAGGAGGAGGAAGAGGAGGCCCCGCGGCCACCGGGGCCGGCCGUCCUCUGUGACUACGACCGCUGCCGCCACCUGCAGGUCCCGUGCAACGAGCUGCAGAGCGCGGGCCCCACCGCCUGCCUGUGCCCCGGGCUGUCCAGCCCCGCGCUCCCGCCCGCGCCGCCGCGCCUGGGGGACGUGCACGUGGUGGCCGAGGACGGCAGCGCCGAGGUGCGCUGGUGCGCCCCCGCCUCCCCGGUCCACCGCUACUGGCUGCUGCUGUGGGAGGGCGGCGGGCCCCCCCAGAAGAGCGGCCCCUUCAACGCCACCGUCCGCCGAGCGGAGCUGAAGGGGCUGAAGCCCGGGGGCGCUUAUGUCGUGUGCGUGGUGGCGGCUAACGCGGCGGGAGAGAGCGGCGCGCCCGGGCCCGGGGCGGGCGGCCAGGCCUCCGAGGGCUCCGCGGGCUCCGCGGGCGCGGGCGGCCCUGCCUUGGGGCCGUGCGGCCGGGUGGUCGUGCCCCCGCGGCCCCAGAGCCUGGUCCACGCGGCCGUGGGCGUGGGCGCGGCGCUGGCCCUGCUGAGCUGCGGCGCCCUGGUCUGGCACUUCUGCCUGCGCCAGCGCUGCGGCUGCCCCCGCGCCCCCCCGGCGGGCAUCGGGCCCCCGCGGAGCCCCCGCCCGGCCAGCUGAGCCCGCGCUCCCCGAAGAGGUGCGGGGCCCCGGAGCCCGCGCCCCCAGAGCUCGUGCGGGCCCCAGACUGUCUCUUCUGGCUGAAGCUGGGGAAGGGGUAGAAGAGAGGGUCCUUUCUUAAAGGAUCAGAUGGUAAAUAACUGGUUUUGCGGUUCCGGAGGAUAAAAGAAGAUAUUAUGUAGGUCCUCAUAUCACCAUGCAACCAUUUAUAAACAUGUACAAACCAUUCUUAGCUCAUGGGCCUUACCCAUCAGGCCGGGGCACAUCUGGCCUCGUUGGCGUUGCUUGGCAACCCCUGCCCUGCACCCUGGAAGGGCUCGGAGAAUAAGCUGCUGCGGGGUGGAAGCUUGGGGCCGCAGACCACAUCUCCUUCUGCCUUUUGUUUAGCUGUUGAGCUUGCGCACACCUGACUUAAUCCACUUGCGUCUCAGGCAGGGAAGGGGGCGGGGGGAUGGGGACAGCCCAUGCUGCUGUCUGCGCCGAGCUUGCCAGUUAAAAAUAAUAACAAGUAAUAAUAUAAUACCAAGGGCUUUCCCCUUUCCCCAACUUGUUUCUUGUGUACCCCCUGUAACAACAUUAAAGGAAAACAUUUCAUUUUCAUAA